UUGGAGCAGCCAUCCAGCGCACACCUAGAGUUGCCACGGUGCCAGUGAGUAACCCUGCCAGGCAACCCCGUGAGGUUAGGAAAACUACCUCUCUGAUUUGGGCCCGGGCACCACCCAGUGAGUAAGUGCGGGAGAGCCCAAGCCCUCUCACAGAGACCCAGAAAGCAGCCCCUGAAUGAGGCGAGGUGCGGAGGUGAGGGGGCGCCUUUCCCAGUCCCACCCUUGAAAGUUGCUGGGAGUGGCACCCCGAGAACUUUCCCAGAUUGAUCUCUGUCACCGCUCAGGGAGGUCUGCUCGGGCCCUCAGCCUUCCGCCCUAAUCCAAUCGGGGCUGCCGGCCAAAUCCCUCCUUCCCUGCACCUUUAAAGGCUGGGAGAGGGGAGGGUCGGCUGCGUUCUUCUUAAGAAGUCGCACCGGUUUUUCGAGCUUCGCUCCGCGCCCCGAGAGCCACGGCAGCGGGAGCGGGCGCUGCUGCCACCGGGCCCGCGGGUGGGAUAGUAACAUCUAUGGGGAAAAGAAAACAGCUUUCUUUCCUGGAAGUGGUGAAUGUACAGCAGAUCACUGCGUGGGAGGAACAGCAAUCAGAUGACCACCUUCUACUUCUGUGCUAGCAAACAGAAUCAGUUGUAAGAGUCCAUGUUGAACUUGGAAGCAUUAAAAAAAGUUAAAUUCCCACAAAGAACAAGAACUUUACCAUCUCCUUUUUGAUCUCAAGACUGGGGAGACAAUGGAUGUCAUAGAGACAGCAAAACUUGAAGAACAUAUGGAAAAUCAAACCAGUGAUCCUACAAACACUUACACAAGACCUGCUGAAACUGUUGAAGAAGAAAACAAAAAUGGCAACGGGAAACCAAAGAGCUUAUCCAAUGGGUUGCGAAAGGGCACCAAAAAGUACCCAGACUACAUCCAAAUUGCUAUGCCCACUGACUCGAGGAACAAAUUUCCCCUCGAGUGGUGGAAAACAGGCAUUGCCUUCGUGUACGCUCUCUUCAACCUCGUUCUGACCACUGUCAUGAUCACAGUUGUACAUGAGAGAGUCCCUCCCAAGGAGCUCAGCCCUCCGCUCCCAGACAAGUUUUUUGAUUACAUUGAUCGGGUGAAAUGGGCAUUUUCUGUAUCAGAAAUAAAUGGGAUUAUAUUAGUUGGAUUAUGGAUCACCCAGUGGCUGUUUCUGAGAUACAAGUCAAUAGUGGGGCGCAGAUUCUUUUUUAUCAUUGGGACUUUAUACCUGUAUCGCUGUAUUACAAUGUAUGUCACCACUCUCCCUGUGCCAGGAAUGCAUUUCCAGUGCGCUCCAAAGCUCAACGGAGACUCCCAGGCAAAAGUACAACGGAUUCUGCGGUUGAUUUCUGGUGGUGGAUUGUCCAUUACUGGAUCGCAUAUUCUGUGUGGAGACUUCCUCUUCAGUGGUCACACAGUUGUGCUGACACUUACUUACUUGUUCAUCAAAGAAUAUUCGCCUCGUCACUUCUGGUGGUAUCAUUUAAUCUGCUGGCUACUGAGUGCUGCCGGGAUCAUCUGCAUUCUUGUAGCACAUGAACACUAUACUGUUGAUGUGAUCAUUGCUUAUUAUAUCACAACACGGCUGUUUUGGUGGUACCAUUCAAUGGCCAAUGAAAAGAACUUGAAGGUCUCUUCACAGACUAAUUUCUUGUCUCGAGCAUGGUGGUUCCCCAUCUUUUAUUUUUUUGAAAAAAAUGUACAAGGGUCAAUUCCUUGCUGCUUCUCCUGGCCACUCUCCUGGCCUCCUGGCUGCUUUAAAUCGUCAUGCAAAAAAUAUUCACGGGUUCAGAAGAUCGGUGAAGAUAAUGAGAAAUCCACCUGAGGGGCAAAUCAAAGGCACAAGCUCUUAUACCAAAACAGUUAACGCUGUAACCAAAGGUAUAGUUUUGUGUUUUUAUUUUAGGAGAACUGAGUGGUAAAUGAAGAAGUGGACCAAAUUUUGUGUAAAUGAUUAGAAAGAUGAAUGAAGUAUUACCCUUGGACUGUUUUUUUAUUCAUCCUGAGAAAGGUAUAUUCUCCUGCAGCUCUUCAUUCAUUGGUGACAAGCCUCUGCCUGGGAUUUUACUAAUGAACUUGUUAAAGAGGUGCCAAAGAAAAUAUUACUCCUUUCCUUAUUCUUCACUAAAGCCCUCCACAGAAUUUUUUCAGGAUUUUUUUUUCCUCUGGGGUCAGAAGAAUUUGUUAAUGUUUUAAAUAAAAUAUGUGGAUAUAUACAGCUACUAUGUAAAUAUGAUAACCUAAUGCUGAGAGUGGUUUUAGCCUUAGGCUUGUUAGUGAGGGGAGCCUGUGGGUUAUGAGUAAACUUACAGGUGAACUUUGUUUCUCCCCCAUCACAGGGAAGGUCGGGGUCGGGGCUGGCAACGGGCACUGCUGCUACCACCCAAUGCACUAUGUUUCACUUUUACUUUUCUUUACUUAAUUGAUAAUUUUAUAUAUUUAAAAAAAUACAAUAAUCUAAAAUAUGGAAGUAUUUGACAAUAACCCCCUGGGUUUUACACGUGUGUAAAUAUUUCACUUUAAAAUCUCAAUGACAGACACCCAGGAAACAUGGGGCUCUUGUUGUGAAGGAGUGGCCCUUGGGUACACCCUUCCAGGCUGUGUGCCUGGUGAAUAUGUGUCUGGUACCCCCAGGGCGGUGUUCCGAGAGCACACAAAGGUGAACGGACCUCUUACCACUUGAGGAACAAGCCUUCGUGUUUCCCUCAGGUCCUGCCUUGUGGGAAAUCUGUUUUGGAGCUGCUAAUUGGAGCUCAGAAAUACAAUUGGUCACAUUUCAGUGAAAACAAUUACUUUCUAAUUACAUUGUACUUUAUGGAAAAACUAAGAGGGAGUCCAAAAGUUUAGUGUAUCCUUGCCUUUUAGCAGGAGACUCAGCUUCUUAUACAUGGCCCUAAGGACAUAUGCCACAUUAAGUAAUUUUAAUUUAACGCUGAAGUUAUACCGUGGUGCUGCACUAUAAUCUGUUGGAAUCAGUGUGUUAAAUGGAUCAUAGCUACUCAGUAAGGGGAAUAAUUGUUUCUAAAGUUCUUUGAGGUGAUGAAAAAAAAAAAAGCUGGAUUUUAAAACAUCUGAUGAGUUUUAAUGCUGUCAGAUUUUGUGCAUUAAUUAAUGCUGUUGAAUCUUUUGGAUAAUUCUUGGCUUAAUUUCUUAAGACUUACAGUAACCUUUGAAAAGGAGCGUUACAAAAUCAACACUAGGCCAGGAGGUGGAGAGGUCAAUGGCGUGAGUGGAGGUAGUUACCUUUAUAUUGGUGAAAAUUCCACCCCACCCCCACCCCCCACCCCCGCUUAGGAUGAAAAACAGUCCUAAAUUUGUCAUUAUAGUCAGCCUUGAUUCUGUACACAAAAUCGGCCUUUAAAUUGCUUGAGAGAAGCAGAAAACACAUCUGUUCAGAAGGACAUUAUCCUUUGGUGCUAAAAUUUUGUGUAUGUUUUCUUUACGGCUCUUCCUCUGUAAUAGAAGAAUCAUGAAAGGAAAGGUGUUUGAAUCCAAAGGCAGGAAAAAAGACUCUCUCAUCUGGUUAUUUAAAACAAGAAUUGAAACCCUAAACAUCCUUGGCAGGCUUUGAAAUGCAAGGAGUCUUUCCAGUAUUUAUUAUUAAAUAAGCUAAUAAGAAGCAAAUCUCUAGUUUACCUGAUAUGCGUAGCCAUAUUUCUACGUAACUUCCACUCAUUUUCCCUUACUAAAUAUUAACAUUUAUGACAGAACAAGGUGUUCUGUUUGAAACACAGAUUUUAAAUUCCUGCUGCAUGACUGUGAGGAAGAGCACCUGACACUGAAGCCUGCGCUUUGCUCUCCUAACCUUGGUGUACCCCUUGAGCCUCUAAUUCAGAUAAAAGAGCCUAACAUACCUUAGAGCCUUAUUCAUCUGUAUCUUGGAUAGCCCUCUUUUCCUUAAAUUAAAUAAGGAAAAGUGUUGAAGCUUUAGAAAUCAUGGUGUAUGGAUUGUUGGAGACUCUUGAAACAAUAACCCUUGCGUUUUAGUCAAGAAAUGCAGUUUUUAAAAAAAUAUACCAUCACCUUUUAAAGACAUCUAUGACCCUAUGACCCUUCAUGUGUGGACACUGCUGCUCCUGUGUUCUUUACCUGUAUAUGUCAUAGCUGUCUAAUAGAUGCUGAGGAAGCAUGUGGUUUGAAAAUAAGGAGGGAAAAUACAGAAGUUUCAAGAUGCUAACAUAAAAGACAGAGUGAAACUCAUUUACAGAUAGGAAAGCAAACAAAGUUUAACCCAACAUGCCACUUUGGGACAUAAAACAUAAACAAUUGUGAUCUUGCCUUUGAAACAGUAUAUUUUUGGAGCUCCUUUUCCUGGCUAAUUAAGAUACAAGUUCUUCUCCAUUACCCUUGUUUUUGUAAACCAGUGCUCCUGUUAGAAGCUUAUCUUGUAAUUUAGUCCUUCUGUGCAAUAUCUAUAACAUAAUUCUUAUUAAUUAUGCCACAUUUUUUUUUCUAAAUUCUUUCAAUGGAAUUUAAUUCUUGUCAGAUUCAGUUUUUUUUAGCUCUCCCACUAGCUCUGAAAAUAAAUUAUUCUUCCCCAGUUCCACUCGAAGUAAUUUUAAUUUUUUUAUUUAAUUUACUGGCAUCUUGGAAAACAAGUUUUGCUGUGCAAGGCAGGCUGUUUUGAGCGAGCCCAAGCCCAGUCAGGUUCCCCAACGAUCUUGCUCAAGGCUCUUUGUUGUAUACCAGUGCCCCCUUGUGGAAAUAUGUGAUAUGACUUGAAGCAAAAGCCACUUUUUAAAGUGUAUUUUCAAGUUUUUAAAAGGCAAUUGUUCUUUAUUAUUUGUGCCAGUAAUCUGAAAGAAUUAUUUCAAAGAUAUUUUAAACUUUUCCCAAAGGGAAAAGUGCUUAGAUCCCAGAGAGUUGGAAUUCUAAUCUUUUAUCUUUUCAUCAAAGAAAAUUUGCAGACCAUUUCACCUCUCACUAUCACAAUUAUUAAUGUCUCCCUUCCUAACACCUUCACUUUGUUUACUUUGAAACACUAAGUUGGCUGUCUUUCUAAUAUUUUUUAUUUUUACAUUCUAGAAGUCAUGUUUCUUUGUUAAUUGAGAGUUCAUGUCUUACUCCUUAAAUAUUUUGGAAAUUUCUUUUUUUAAUUAUUUUUUGUUGUUUUUGUUUUGCACUGUAAAACUGAUUUAAAAAUUAAGCCGGUCUUAACACACUCAUUUCUGUAGUGUGAGUAAGUGUGAGAAGGAAUUUCUUAAUAAAUGAGUUUACAUGUUUAAAUCAAGCUUAUUAUAAGUAGUAUGCCAUGUAUUGAAGGCUUUUCUAUUUGUAUGUAUAAAGAUUUCUGGUAUUUUUUUUUAAUGUCAUUGUGUUGCAAUAUAAUUUAACUCCUUUGAUUUACUUGCUAAAAAUAUUUUUUCUGUUAAGAAGGGCUCUUGACUUCAAUACUGAAAAUCAUGUCAAAGGUACCCAAAGAUACAGAUACACCAUACAGAUACACACCAUAUCAAAAUCUGAUUUAUGUUGUUAAUCAUCAAUCUAUGUUGUGUUCUAAAUGAAUAUGAAUGAGAAUAGUUCUUUAUUAUGGAAUUAUUUAAAACUGUCCUUUAAAGGAGAAAGAAGGAACUAUAAACAUAAGCUAAUCUAGUUGCCAAGUUGGAAUUCAUUAUUUAAUUUACCUCCUAUGCAAUGAUUAAUGCUGCAAAAUGUAUGCUUUUGUUACAGUAUAUUCAACAAAGGAAAUAUUAUUACACGGUUUGAGAGGUAGCCAAUUGCAUUCUUUCAGAAAUUUACUAUACUGUUUCAAUGUGUUAAGUGCCUUGUUGUAAAGUAAAAUUUUAAGUCUAAAAUCCAUUAUUUUCCUGACAUAUAUUUUUCAUUAUGAUCUAUACUGUAUGCUAUUGUAAUAGUUUUAUUAAAUGCUUACCUUUUAAUCAAAUAUGUAAAUUUUGAAAGCUCUCUUCUCCUACCCACCAGUACCUUAAUCAUUGAUUGAUCUGUUGGGAUUUGAGUUCAGGUUCUACUUUUUUUAAGAGAGGAAGUUAUCUUUGUUUAGAAAUAUGGUUUCCAUGCCUCUGCUUUUGUGGUUGUGUUUAUAAAAACAUUUGAGAAGGAAUUUAGGAGUGUAACUAUAGUUUAUACUUCUAAAAUGCCAUUUUACACUUAUAUUUUAAGUGCCUAAUUGUUAGUUAACACUAAUUUAUGUUUCUAUUCUAAAGAGGUAUGUGUACUUGGUUUCUAAUCUCUUUGGCUUUGCUUAAAAAAAAAAAAAAGCACGAGCCUAUACUUUGUAUUUACCCAAUAAACCACAGUGACAUUGGCAGUCUUUCAAAAUUA